AUGUCUGCUUCAGAUGAUGCUGCCAAGAAGGCGGCCAAGUUGGCUGCCGUAGCUGCUGGGACUUCCGCCAAAGGCAUCGAGAAGGAGUCAACCGCAGCGCGACUGCUUGGAGCCGGAUCCGCCGGCAUCGCCGAGCUCCUCGUCUUCCAUCCCGUCGACACCAUCGCCAAACGCCUCAUGUCCAACCAAGGCAAGGUCGCCUCCGCCGCACAACUCAACAGCGUCAUCUUCAAAUCCCACGCCUCCGACCCCGUCGUCCGCCGCUUCUUCACCCUCUUCCCCGGCCUCGGCUACGCAGCGGCAUACAAGAUUCUGCAGCGUGUAUACAAGUACGGCGGGCAGCCGUUUGCGCGCGACUACCUCGCCAACAACCAUGGUGCCUUCUUCGAACAGACGUUUGGCAAGGGCAAUGGCAAGGCCAUGAUGCAUGCGACCGCUGGUAGUCUGAUUGGUGUGGGUGAAAUCGUGCUCCUGCCACUCGAUGUGCUCAAGAUCAAGCGACAAACGAAUCCCGAGGCGUUCCGAGGUCGAGGCGUGAUGCGUAUCGUAGCAGACGAGGGCUUUGCGCUUUAUCGUGGCUGGGCAUGGACUGCGGCGCGCAAUGCCCCCGGUUCCUUCGCGCUCUUCGGCGGCUCGGCUGCGGCCAAGCAGUACCUUUUCAAACUCGAGGAUUACAACUCAGCCUCAUGGUUUCAAAACUUCGUUGCCUCCAUCGCCGGCUCCUCCGCCUCCCUCAUCGUCUCCGCGCCCUUGGACGUCGUCAAGACGCGGAUACAGAAUCAGAACUUCGAAAUCAAGCAAUCUGGUAUCAAGAUUAUCGGCAACAUGGCGCGACAGGAAGGUUUCACUUCUUUCUUCAAGGGCCUGGUGCCCAAGUUGUUGAUGACGGGCCCAAAGCUGACCUUUUCGUUCUGGCUUGCGCAAACACUGAUACCCACAUUCAAUCGCAUGAUGUAA